UUCCUCGAUGCAUUUGCGCAAAAAGUAAACAUUGCUGCACUUUUGCUGAUACGCGUACGAAAAUUUUCAUGUAAUUUUAAUUACUUCAGAAUAUUACCAUUUUUGCAUUCAAAUAUUGUGUAAAAUGGUGUAAAAUUUUGUGAUGAACUGUUGUGAACUCUUUGAUCAACGAAGCAAUAAUGGAAAAACACCCAGAUUUGGAAGCGAUCGUUAACUCCCAAAAGGAGCAACUGCUUCGCUAUGAAAAACGACUCAAAGAUGUUGUUACCGCAUACAAGGGUCUUCUCAAAGAGAAGACCGCCCUCGAGUCGAGUUUGGCUGCCUUCACUGGGAAGGCUUCGCCAGAGAAGCAACAACAGCAUCAGCAGUCAGCUUCCGCUUCGAAAGACGAAGGCGAUGGGGAAGCCCUGCGGGAACAAGUGGCAACGCUGAUGAAUUCUUUGGCCACUCUCACGGCGGAAAAGGGCCGGAUGGAAGCAUCGUUCAAGAACGAUCGCAAACAGUUGAGGGACGUGAUCGCCGAUAAGGAAGCUGCGAUUCGGGAUCUAGAGGACCAGGUGAAGGCUUUGAAUUACACGAUUAAAACGGAUCUGGAGAACUGUAAGAGCAAACUGAAGCACGAUCGCGAGGAAGAAUGCAACAACCAGCUGGUCAUGAUUUGCGAACUGCAGAAGCAACUGCUGGACGAGAGGCAUUUGAACGAAACGCUGGAGAUGCAGCUGAGAGAUUUGAAGAUCCAGUUCAAUCAGAAGCAUUCCGAUAAGCGGGUCAGCGAAAUGCCCCAGGCUUCGGAUUUAGCCAAGCAGAGCUCGGAGCAGUUGGAAAGUUCCAAGAAGGAGAAUGCCGCUCUGUCGACGCUGCUGCAGCAGUUCCAGGGAGAGAUCGAAAACUUGAAACGCCAACAUGCUGCGGCCAUUCGGAACGAGCAGAGAAGGGUGCUGGUGGCCGAGGACCGCAGCAAGAAGCUGGAGGAAGUGCACGAGGAGCGGGUGGCCAAUUUGGAAGCGCGAUUGGCCGAACUCAGCGAGGUGGUUGGAACGUACGAUCGGUUAAGACAGCACGACCAGGAAAGUAUUUCUAAGCUCAAGGAAAAGCUAUCGAAAUUGAGUUUGGACAAAACGUCCACGAGACGGCUAAGCCAAGAGAGUAAUGUGGAACGAAUUGUAGAGGAAGUGAGCUACUUGAAGAAUUUGCUCCAGAUGGAAAACGAAAAAUUGGAGAAUCCACUGGAUUUGUCUUCUCUGUUUUCGAUUCAGCCAAUCGUGGAAGAAGUUGUUAACUACCAUGAUAGCGAGCUGGACAAUUACCGGGAUCUUCAGCGUAAUUACGAUCAAGCGAUAAAGGACAAUGAAGUGUUGAAGGCAAACAUCCAAAUCCACAAAAAUAACACCAAGACCUUGCAGGAAAAGAUAAAAGUUCUGAACAAGAACAUUGACGAUCUGGAAGUGGAGUUCAAGAACAAGCAAAUUGAGCAUAACAACAUACUGAAAUCAGAGAAAAUGCGAACCCAAGAGCUAAUCAGUGCCCUCGAGUCCGAUUUCAAAUCUAAACUAUCCCAGCUAGAACUCCAGCUCAAGAAGCAGAGAGAACGAUCGCUGCAGCUGCUCGAAGAGAAAGAAGAGGAAAUCAAGUCCCUCCGGACAUCGUUCGACAUCCUGAUGCACGAUACCAGUGGUGGCCAACAACAGUCCCAGUCCCAAUCGUCGGAUCCCUCCAACCCCGACCCGAUCGACAGCUUGCCGGUGGCGCUGUCGAAGAAGAUCAACGCCCUCAACUCCGUGUUCAAAACCGAGCCCAACUCCAACCCGGAAACGCAUCACAUUCUGCACUACGCCCACGAGCUCGCCCGCAAGGAGAUCGAAAUCACUGCCCUGCGAACGGCCAAAAACAACGCGGAAACGGCCCUCCGGCAGGCUCUGCACGAUAAGGUAUCCUCCCAGGAGGAACUGCACGACAGGAUCGCUUACCUGGAGGAACAGCUGGACCGGUGGGAACGGUGCAAGUCGCGCGAAGGGGCCAACCUGGAGUACCUGAAGAAUGUGGUGCUCAGCUUUCUGACCUCACAGGACGCCGAUGGGAAAAAGCACAUGAUCAACGCCAUUGCCGCCGUGCUGAAGUUUAGCACCGCGGAAAUGGCCACGAUCCAGGGCUUAGAUGUCGCGAAACGAUGAAUGCAUCAGCAUCAAUUGGGGAUCCUAAUCGUACUUUUUAUCGCUGUGUAAAACAAAUGGAAAAUAUAUUAUUAUUGUGUUAUUGUUUCAAAGUGUAUUUAGUGUGUAGCAUUCCAACGAAAAUAAACGAAGUUUAACUUA